AUGGGCAUCGCUCUCGCUCUCCGUCUGACUGCGGAAGAUCUUAGUUCACUGCCAGAGAAGACUAAUCUUGGCUUGUGCUGUGGAAAUCCGGUGGGAUUUGCCAAUGUGAAAGAGGGUGAGACAGUUCUGGACCUUAGCAGCAGCAGCGGCAUUGAUGUACUCCUAGCGACUCGUAGAGUCAGGCCUAAUGGAGAGACCAUCCGCGUUGAUAUGACAAAAAGUAUGGUCGAACUCUCCGAAAAGAAUAUCCAAAAAGCAGAGCUCUCCAAUGCAAAAUCCAUCGAAGCAAAUAUCAACUCCAUACCGCUGCCAGACUCCAGCGUCGACUGCAUCAUCAACAACUGUGUCAUCAAUCGGUCCCGCCUACCGACAAAGCGGCCGUUUUUAAAGAGAUUGCUCACCUACUGA